GAGGUUUUCGGAAGUACAGCCGUCUUUAGUAGCCUCUCGUCGGUGCUUUCAAUAGGUAACUAUUGCGCAGUAGGUAAUAGGUUUCCUACUUUUACGUGCUGGAUUGUUUAUUUUACAUUGAAUUGUAGCUACGUUCACACAAUACUGUACUUAUAGAUUGUUAUAGAUACAGGCGAGAAGCUCAACAGGUCCAUGAAGACGGACGUGUAUACAUGAAUACAAGAUAUUUAUCGCCAAAACAUUCGGUAUGAUUGUACCAAUAAAAAGGGAUGGUAAAAUUGAAGAGUGGGCAAUUGUUGAAUUACAAGGUGAUUUGAUAUUUCAUUCUCCAGGCGUUACAAAUCAACAUAUUGGAGAUUUACAUCUUUCUAAAUCUGGUACACCUAUACUUAUAAUUGGUAUGCAUGUGUUACAUGGAAAAGAAAUGCCAUUUCCAAAACCAUACGCAGUGUUAGUGAGAAAAAACAGUGAGAAAGAUAACGCUGAACACGCAUCUGAAAUAAAAACUGAAUACAUUGUAAAAGCUAUUGUAAAGAAAAGAUUAAUUUUUAAUACAAGGCCAAAAGCUAUCAUAAAGCCUGUUCCGAAACGUACUUAAAUUUAUACGUGUUAUUAUGUUUCGCACAGGAAUUCUAUUUCGCUAAUACCUUCAAUCCAACUUGAAAUAUUUUUAUCCAAAUAAUUUCGUGUAAUGUAUAGUGUUAACAAAUAAAUAAAUAAAUAAAUCUAUAUUGUUUCA